CUCUGCUCUCCAUGGCUGGGGUCUACAGGGCCCCAUUUCAUCCCAGCUACCUUCUUGCCGUCUCCUCGGCCUGCGCACGGAACUCCACUCCCUGUAGGUUUUUAAGAUUACCGCUUAACCGUUGGAUCUAUCAAAUACAGCGGUGACGCGAAAAUCUCCAGCUGUGAUGGCUCACUUGGUCCAGAGUGAGCUUUCCCGUCCCAGGGGCCGGUAUUCUAACGGCUCAGUAAGGACAUGUCAGAACUGUGCCAGAGCAAAGAUACGGUGCAAUCGCCACGGGGCUACGGGGAGUUGCGAACGAUGCGAACGGCUGGGAAAAGAGUGUCAUUUCCCAGAAACCCGAAGCACAAAUGGAGGGACCAAGAGAGAGAGCAAGGACAGGAGAAUCGAUCUACUCGAAGCCAAAGUCGAUCAGCUGCUAGCGACGUCGGUAUCUCCAAGCCUGAGGGGUAAUAGCACGGCCAAUGGGAGCCCUGCAAGCACUGUUUCGCAGUCCAAGGAUGCCAUUGACAAAGGCUUGCUUACUGUGGAGGCCGCCAACAUGCUGCUAAAUGAAUUUCGGACGACACUAAUGCCUCACUGUCCAUUCGUAGUCGUCCCACCACAGACCUCUGCCGAAAGCCUAAGGAAAGACAAGCCGUUUCUCUUCCUUACCAUCUUGACGGCUACUCUGUAUGACAACAUGCCUCUGCAGCGUAUGCUCGAAAAAGAGGUGAAGAAGAAGGUUAGCGACUGCAUGAUUUACGAUGGACCCAUCUCAUUCGAGGUGCUGCAAGGGCUGCUAGUCCACAUUGCAUGGUGUCAAUAUCAUUCACGGCCACGCCGGUUCUCUCAAUAUCUACACCUUGCGAUCAGCAUUAUCACGGACUUGCAAUUGGACCGUGCGCAUGAGUAUCGACUCUGGAGGACUCGAGUGAACUUUAACCCGGAAGAACACAAAGAGUCGGUAUCUUGGGGGCACGAUGAAAGACGGGCCGUCCUCGGUAUCUUUUAUUUCUCAUCGAGCGUUUCGCAGAUCCUCCACAAACAAUGCACCUUUCCGUAUAUGCCUUACUUUGAUGACUGCUGCAAGCUUCUGGCCACAGAUGCCGAGUAUGCCUCCGACCAGCACCUGCUUCAUAUAGUACAACUUCAACGAUUAUCGGAGAGGAUUACUUUUAUUUCAUCACAAAACAUUCUAGGGACCCACGGCCCUGGCUCAAGCAGUGAGCGUUCGUUUCGUGAGAUGAAACUGGAGCUGGAGCAAUAUCGGGCUAGCCUACCCUGUCCGUUGAAUGAAAACAAUAUCCUUUACAUGCAAUACUAUACUGCUGAACUGUAUCUCUGCCAGAUCAGCUUGUUCGAUCAUAAGCCCAGUACACAAAGCCCGAGGCGUGAAGUCCCAUUUCAAAUUGAGGCACUACGUAUGGGUCUCAUCGCGGCCAAAGCGCUACUCGAUCACUAUGUCUGCCUCCCGUUACGCAGUGAAAUGGCGUUCAACAACGCCAUAUGGAUUCAGAUCGGCUUCGCGCUGACUCUGGCGUGCAAGCUUGUUGUAGCAGCAUCAGAGCCUUCGAUACAGCCUCACACAGCGGAAUUGUGCCGUGCGCUUGACAUAUCCAGCAUGCUCAGUCGGUGUAUCCUCCGCAUCCAGGCGCUAGUUACGUCUAGCUUGGAUGCCUCCGGUGACCGAGAUGUCUUCUACCACUAUGAACAGCGACUGAAACGAGUUCAGUGGUGGUUUGAAAACCGGAUGUUAUCAAAGAAUAAGAAUAAUUCUGUUCAGCCUGCGGUGCAACCAACUGACGACAUGAGCUCAUCCACAGCUGAGAACAGUCACGUUGAAUCAUCGCAGCUGCCACUGGACGGAUUAAAUGAUUAUACGAUGAUACCCCCAGAAGUGUACGAUAUGCAAUGGCCGGGUUUCUUUCCCGACGCGACGAUUGAUGAGAUACUCGUCGACUGGAUGGAGUACACGAAGGCGUCUGAGCAGCGCUAGCGCUGACUAGGUAGCGCAUCCACCACCAUCUUACGUCUCUAAUUAUCACAAUAUGAACUUAAAACAGACAAGUCUCCAGUUAUAUAUUAUACAAUGAACCCCAUCCAAUUUAAUUACGCUGUCAAUACCACAGUAAACACCCUAUCCCUCCGCACCUUCGGCUCCCUUCUCACCCCAAACACCACCAUCCCCAUCACCCCAAGCGCAACCCCAGCCGCACACCAACCUAUCCAAUUCCCGAAAAACCACUCCGCCACCGCAACCUCAUCCCCACGCGGUCUCUCCUCGACAAACCGCAUAAAGAACGCCUUUUCAGUCCCCUGAAACAUGCUCCGGGGCACAAUGCCUACUCCACCCCCAACAGCGGACAACCAUACGCCCAGCACCCGGCUCACCAACAUCGCCCCGGCACUCACAAAAGCCGUCACAUACGCCGGCACAAACCCCCAUCGAUGCUCAUGCACACUCAACGCCACCUUGAUCAC